AAAAUUAUUUAUUUGUUUAUAUUCAGAGAUAAGUUAAUAUAUGGAAUCCAAUGUGACCAUUCGUUCACGACUUCCUUGCGAGCCGCUCAGAUGCUGUACAUGCCAUGGCCAACAGUAUCUGGCCGGGCUAAUAAGCAACUUUGGCGUCUUUUGCUUUGGCGCCACAAUGGGCUGGGCACUCUUUGACGAUCAUCCUUCCAGCGAGAGUGCCAGACACUUCAUAGUGGGCAAGAGCUCGCGCCAGUGGACGAACAGCUUGCUGCCCUUGGGGGCCGCUUGCUUCUGCAUGCCGAUGGGCGUGAUGAUGAAGAAGCAUGGCAGCAAGGGUCUGAUGAUCUUCCAGCUGCUGCCCUACAUCUGCGGCUGGCUCCUCGUGAUCUUCGCCAGAAACGUGUACAUGGUGUACGUGGGCCGUUAUCUGCUGGGGAUCUGUGGCGCUGCGCUGUGUGUGGCCGUGCCCGUGUAUAAUGUGGAAAUCAGUCAGCUGAGGGUCCGUGGCCUCAUGGGGAGUAUGUUCUAUGGCGCCAUCGUCUACGGAAUUGUGUUCGCCAACAUCUUGGAGCACUUUUUUGGCGAACAACUCGUCAACAUUAUCGUCCUGUCGAUGGCGCUGCUCAACUGCUCGGUUAAGAUUCUACCCCAGUCGCCGGCCUUCUACAUCCUGCACGGCGAGCUGGGGCAUGCGCGGGCCGCCCUCCACUGGCUGCACGGCGAUGAGGCGAUCGACGUCGAAGCCCUGACGGCACAAAUGAUCAUGCCAGCGGAGGAGGAGCAUAGGCACAAGUACUUGUGCGGCCACAAGUACGCACGGAUGAACGUGCCCCGGGCCAGUGUGAUGCUGCUGCUCUAUCAGCUGUCCGGCGGCGUUGUUAUCUGCGGAUUCCUGCGGGAUAUUCUGCUGCCAUUUUCAUCGGCUUUCCACAAGUAUGAGUGGAUCGUUUGGGUGGCUAUGCUCCUGGGCCAUCUAAUCUGCUUCUUGGUGAUCGAUCGCAUGAGCCGGCGUCUGAUCCUGGUGCUGUCCGCGGUGCUCAUGUUUCUAGCUUCGCUGUAUUUGUGCACCUGGUUCCAAUGGCUGACGCACACCAACUGGAACUUUCAACCCCUGACGGCGCUAUUCCUGUUCAUUGCAUCAUUCUCAUUUGGCAUGGGCCCGGUGUCCUGGAUACUGUACGUCGAGCUCAUCAUCGAGCCCUCGCGCGCUCUGGGCUGCUCCUUCGCGGCAACCCUUGGCUGGCUAACCGCGUCCGCGAUGGUCUUCGUAUAUGCGAACAAUCUGUACAUGCAAACAGUCUUUUAUUUCAUGCUAAUUGUCUGCUUUGUCACUCUGCUGUUCGUGAUCAUCUUCGUACCGGAGACCAAGGGCCUAACAUCGCUGCAAAUUCAGAUUUUACUGUCACACAGAUCCUUGGGUGAUACGCACUCUACCGAUUCAUCAUUCUAGAUGA